ACUUCUGAUGCUGCUACUGGAUAAAUGUCCAGUGAAUGACUCCGAUGUUCACUGGUUUGUUUCUCGAAGGAGAAUGUUGAAAAUCCUUUCGAUGAAAAGUCAUGGAGAGAGAUGAUCAGGCGGGAUGAAAAGUCAUGGCGAGAAAUGAUCAGGUGGGACGUGAUGCCAAUGUCUAUGGAUGGACGGUUCCAUUACUUCACGGGUCAUGUAAAAAGUUUAUUCGUGACUUCGAUUUCUCGUCGUCGACAAAAUUCGCUGACAGCUACAAUGGAGAUUUUUUACAAAACUUUCAAGGAUGUAAAAUUGUGCAGAGAAUUCGGACUCUCCUAGCGCUGAUUAUCAUGUGGGUAAUUUUCUCUCUCGGACCUCCUUCCUACAUCUAAUCCUGGCACUGUUCAGCUGAUUAUCAUCUGGCCGUUUCAUAUCUACAUCCAAUGACCCUAAUUUCUUGGCAUUUCAACUCGUGGUACUUUGAAAGAAGAUAGAACUGGCAAGCAGGAUCCCAGCUGUAUCAACUCUUCUUUACUCCGCUUAUCUUCUUCAGUCUCGGUCAGAUUUUGAAUUAAAUCCUGUAAAUUUUUGCUUCCUUCUUCAUGUUCACGAAGAGCUGCUUCUUCUUCUCUGGAUGGGAGAUUAUAGAACUCUGGAUGUGAUUUGCUUUGGCAGCAUAUCGUAGAGUGUUCACACUCUCUUGAAAGUCCUGCAAUGCAACAUGGGUUGUCUAGGUAAACUGUUUAUACCAAUGCAUCCGGUUUUCUCUGCUACAAUGACUACUAAGGUAUAUGUUUAGUGGUCGUUAUCACCAGAGGCAUGGUGAGCAUCCUCAGAUGCUACGUCAGGUGGUGGAAAACUCUCAGAAUGUCAGCAUCAAAACUCCCAAAAUAAGUGGUAGUACAUGUCUUAAUGGUUACCUGUUCUGCGGGAGAAAGAUAGGCUAUCAGAAAAGUCUUGUCGGUUCCUCCCAGAGAGUCUCUCAGGAGGUAAGUAAGAGCAGAGCUACGGUAUGACACGAACUUGGAAUUGUUGGAUAGAUUCAGGAUCACCUGCUCUAGACAUCCAUCAUAUUACAUGUCAAGCUGACACUAUUUCCGAACAGGAGGCUGGUCCCUUCACUGAUGUAGCCGAAAGGAGGUGACUUUAUUCUAAAGAUGAGAUUUCCUUGCUCUUUCAGAUCAUCAAAGACACGUGAACGCCUAGUGAUCAAUCAACAGGUGUGAAGUUGCCAUCAGAUUAUUGUGAGAUUAUUGUGAGAACGAACACCCUAUGAGCGUCAGGUGGACAAAUCAGUCAAUGAGGGAAAAAAUACAACGUUUUCUUUGAACUCAUAUCGUUUAGGUGAGCUACAGAUCUGUUGAUAUAGCGGGAUUCCUCUAGCCUCUC